AUCAGUUUAUCCGUUUGGAGGGGAAACCAGGGCUCAGAGAGGGACAGGAAGUCACUGCCAAGGACCCCAAAAGGCGAGCAACAGUCUCAGACCCCGGGUUCCUGCCUCCUAGACUGUGCUGUAAAUCACCAUCUCCUCCACACCCUAGUCCCACAGUGCCCCCUGCUGGGAGUGGCCGCAACUCCUUGAAGUCUCCCCAAGCUCACUGGGCUCCACCCACCCCAGGCUCCUGGGUGCACUGGCCAUCCUCGGUCUAGCCUCAGGACUUUUGCACAGACUGUUCUCUCGCCUGCGAGGCCAUUGUCUCCUGCCUGGCCAACGCCUACUAUUGUUCAAGUCUCAGCUUUCCUCAACCCUCAGGAAGCACUGGGGGGCUCCAGGAUGGGGGUGCUUCUCCUUUGACCCCCUAGCACACCGCCCACCCCUUUUCUUGGCAGCAUUUUUCACGACCUUGUUCAGGGAUUCCUAGAUGAAUCGUUUCUGGGUUAUAUCUGAUCAUUAAGCAGAAGUGGUUUGAAACGGGGGGCCCCACCGUGUCCCUGAUGUCUGGCCCGGUGCCCUGUGCCCAUUUGUCGCCUGAACAGACCGACGGAGGCCGCGUGGCUGACCAUCCCGUGCCCGCAGGCCGAGGAUGCAGCGCUGGAAGGCGGCAGCCUUGGCCUCGGUGCUCUGCAGCUCCGUGCUCUCCAUCUGGAUGUGUCGCGACGGUCUGCUGCUCAGCCACCGCCUGGGACCCCCACUGGCCUCCCUGCGCCGGCCACCUCGCACCCUGGACGCCAGGAUCGCCCGCCUGGCCCAGUAUCGCGCGCUGCUGCAGGGCGCCCCGGACGCGGUGGAGCUGAGCGAGCUGACGCCCUGGGUCGGGAGGCCCCCGCGUCCGCGCCGUCGGGCGGGGCCCCGGCGGCGGGUGUCCUUCCUGGACGCGCACAGCCGCUACCACACGGUGCACGAGCUGUCGGCGCGCGAGUGUGCCUGCGUCUGACCCUACCUCACCGGGCCCCGCGCGACGGCGCCCACCGUCCCGCCUGGCGGGCCCCGCGACCACGGACUGCCCAUGCGCAGAGGAUGCUGUCGAGGCCUCAGGACUGUCCAAUGCCCGCCCCGGAUAAAGUGUGGAAAAUGGA